GGCAGCGAGCAACAGAUCCGGACGCCGCGAGCAGAAGCGUUCUGCUGUUGGGCGAUUUUUUUUUUUAAUUUCAAAAAUAUUAUUAAAUUAGAAAAUCCUGCAUUUUUAAAUGGCGCUGGCCCCAGGUCAGCGGGCGAUUUUCUCUGCUUCAAGAUGGGCUUUGCUGUUUCUGUUGUGGGCACCAGUGGUGGCCUAAUUGUCAGUCUUCUCCGGGCAUUUUUAAGGCCAGGAGCCGAGCACUGCAUGUAGGCGAAUCACCCUGCAGAGCAGUUUGGCUUUUAAAAUUAUUGUUAGUAUUUGGGGCAGAGGACAGCCGAUCUUGGGCACUUCGUCCCCUUUGCAGAAGAGGCUGUGAGUCGGAGGUGGGUCGCUCGGAGAGUGGAAUUGCUCGCGGGUGAGCGAGCCCCGGCCCCGCGCACGGUCCAGGCGGCCCCGAGUGUGUGUCCUCUCCCUGCCGGCGCCGGGAAAAUGGAGGCUGUGAUUGAGAAGGAAUGCAGCGCGCUCGGAGGCCUCUUCCAGACCAUCAUCAGCGACAUGAAGGGGAGCUAUCCAGUGUGGGAAGAUUUCAUAAACAAAGCAGGAAAGCUACAGUCCCAGCUUCGGACCACAGUAGUAGCAGCAGCUGCCUUCCUGGACGCCUUUCAGAAAGUGGCUGACAUGGCCACCAACACACGUGGUGGCACCAGGGAGAUUGGCUCCGCCCUGACCAGGAUGUGCAUGAGACACAGGAGCAUAGAAGCCAAGCUCAGGCAGUUCUCCAGUGCUUUGAUUGAUUGUCUGAUAAACCCGCUUCAAGAGCAGAUGGAAGAAUGGAAGAAAGUGGCCAACCAGCUGGAUAAAGACCACGCGAAAGAAUAUAAAAAAGCUCGCCAAGAGAUAAAAAAGAAAUCCUCAGAUACGCUGAAACUACAGAAGAAAGCAAAAAAAGUGGACGCUCUCGCUCCACAGAGGUUUGAAUUGGAAUCUGUCCUCUCCAACAAACCCAAAAGGCCCAGAUCUCCUAUAACAGGGCGAGGCGAUAUCCAGCCUCAGUUGGACAGUGCUCUCCAGGACGUCAACGACAAGUACCUCUUGCUGGAAGAGACAGAGAAGCAGGCGGUCCGGAAGGCUUUGAUUGAGGAGCGUGGUCGGUUCUGCACCUUUAUCUCCAUGCUGCGGCCAGUGAUCGAAGAAGAAAUCUCAAUGCUAGGGGAGAUCACUCACCUUCAGACCAUAUCAGAAGAUCUGAAAAGCCUGACCAUGGACCCUCAUAAGCUGCCCUCCUCAAGCGAACAGGUGAUUCUGGACCUGAAAGGCUCUGAUUACAGCUGGUCGUACCAGACGCCGCCCUCUUCCCCCAGCACAACCAUGUCCCGCAAGUCCAGCGUCUGCAGCAGCCUGAACAGCGUCAAUAGCAGUGACUCGCGCUCCAGCGGCUCCCACUCCCACUCCCCCAGCUCCCACUACCGCUACCGCAGCUCCAACCUGGCCCAGCAGGCACCCGUCCGCCUGUCCAGCGUGUCCUCCCACGACUCAGGAUUCAUUUCCCAGGACGCUUUCCAGUCCAAGUCACCAUCCCCCAUGCCGCCAGAGGCCCCCAACCAGAACUCGUCCAGCUCGGCCUCCUCCGAAGCCUCCGAAACCUGCCAGUCCGUGAGCGAGUGCAGCUCGCCCACCUCCGUCAGCUCAGGCUCCACCAUGGGCGCCUGGGCGUCCACAGAGAAGUUGUCUAACGGGUUUUCUCACUGUAGUUUGCCAAGUGAGUCCCAUGUGGGGCCCGUGGGGGCAAGCCUUUCCCCUCAUUGCCCGCCUGCCUCCCGCCUGCUCCCUCGGGUCACCUCUGUCCACCUUCCAGACUUCGCUCAUUAUCACACCAUUGGGCCCGGCAUGUUCCCGUCAUCUCAGAUCCCUAGCUGGAAGGACUGGGCCAAGCCCGGACCUUACGAUCAGCCUCUGGUGAACACCCUACAGCGCCGCAAAGAGAAGCGGGAGCCGGACCCCAACGGAGGAGGACCCAGCGCCGUGGGUGGCGCGCCUGCAGCGGCCGAGGAGGCGCAGAGACCACGGAGCAUGACCGUGUCAGCUGCCAACAGGCCUGGUGAGGAGAUGGAGGCAUGCGAGGAGCUGGCGCUGGCCCUGUCGCGGGGCCUCCAGCUGGACACCCAGAGGAGCAGCCGGGACUCGCUGCAGUGCUCCAGUGGCUACAGCACGCAGACCACCACACCGUGCUGCUCCGAGGACACCAUCCCCUCCCAAGUUUCAGAUUAUGAUUAUUUCUCUGUAAGUGGCGACCAGGAGGCAGAUCAGCAGGACUUUGACAAAUCCUCCACCAUCCCGAGAAACAGUGACAUCAGCCAGUCCUACCGACGAAUGUUCCAGGCCAAGCGCCCGGCCUCAACGGCUGGUCUCCCCACCACCCUCGGACCUGCUGUGGUCACCCCAGGGGUUGCAACCAUCCGACGGACCCCUUCCACUAAGCCUUCUGUCCGCCGGGGGACCAUCGGAGCCGGUCCCAUCCCCAUCAAGACACCCGUGAUCCCGGUCAAGACCCCAACUGUCCCAGACCUCCCCGGGGUGUUGCCCGCACCUUCGGAUGGGCCAGAGGAAAGGGGUGAGCACAGCCCCGAGUUGCCCUCUGUGGGUGAGGGCCCCCAGGGUGUCACCAGCAUGCCCUCCUCCAUGUGGAGCGGCCAAGCCUCCGUCAACCCUCCUCUCCCAGGCCCGAAGCCAAGUAUCCCCGAGGAGCACAGACAGGCGAUUCCAGAGAGCGAGGCCGAAGACCAGGAGAGGGAUCCCUCAAGUGCCACUGCUUCCCCAGGCCGGAUCCCGGAGAGUGACGCCGCAGACCUGAGCCCCAGAGAUACUCCGCAAGGGGAAGACAUGCUGAACGCCAUCCGAAGGGGCGUGAAGCUGAAGAAGACCACGACGAACGACCGCUCCGCCCCCCGCUUCUCGUAGGCUCUCGCGGGCUCCCCAGAAAUGCUGCCAGUGGGGAAGGAACUGUUCAAUCCAUAAAACCUAAUUUGUCUCGAUCCAUUCCAAUCUAUAAUCAGACAAAAGAUUUUGUAGGCAACUCAGAACACAGCUCUUUUGAAAGUACGUGACACCUUUAGUUAAGAAUUAAAAGUAACAUACAUAACUGACAUACCUUUGAUCUUUUAAUUUGUAAAUAUUGACCAUUUUCUUUCUGCACAUUUUAAUCUUAGUUUCCCUUUUGAUUUUUCUGAAGGUGCCAAAUUCCAUUUAACUUUUUUACAAGUCUUUGUAAAAUUUUAAAUGCAUAAUGGGUGGGGGGGGGUGGUUGGGGCAGGGGAAACACAAAAAAACAAAGUAGUUAAUUUCAGAAAAAAGGAUAACUCUACUUUAGCCUUUUCUUUUCUCUCCUUUUUUCCUGCAAGCUUUUGUAGAUGCAUUGUAGUAGUCUGGCUUAGAAGCAAAUUCAAGUUAUUUUAAUGUACAAACAAAAUGGAUCAAGGGGUAAAAAUCUUCCUUUACAUGUAGUACGUUCUGGCUGAGAAAAGCAGGAGUAACAAUUGAGCAAUAUUCAGAGUGAAGUAAAUCUGGAAAUGGUAGACUCUGUUGGGAUUGGGGGGAGGGCCGUGGGAGGGGCACACCGUCAACAUAGCCGAUCCUGGUAACAUGUAAGAGUAGCCUCGUAGGUUGAAUUUCUAGUAGCUUCAUGGUAAAUGCAUCCGAGUAAGCCAUACUGGAUUGCAGUGUUUGUUUCUGUAGGGUGUUUAAGGACUUCCUUUCUCCCACGAUUCCUCCUGACUGUGCACAGCACCCACCUCCAGUCCCGAGCAUGCUGCCGCCCCCGGGUAGACCCAGAGCCCCCCAAUUCAGUUACUCGUCUCUCGUGCCCAUGUUCAUUGAAUCCAAACACAUCCAAAAAGGGUAAGGCGGUUUUAAAAAUGUGAAAACAUUUUAAAAUGAUAGCAGGGAAUUCUUAGAGAUAGCCAAUGCCUUUUACUUAACCGUGCCCAGCAGGCUGGGUGCGUUGAAAAGCCCAAAUAUUUUGAACAAACUCGAACGGAUCUAACAAGGGUAACCCGCUUGGAAUCUAGCAACUUGCCAGUGUGUUUACUGAUCUGGGGGCUUGUUUUUCUUCUCUUCUUUUAAAUAAGUGGCAGUUAAUUGGCAUCAUACCAAACACUGAAGAACGGAGGAUUUAUUUAUUGUCACUGGGAAUCUGACCACUAUAACUGUCCCUUUUUUUCUUUUUUUGUAUUCUAGGUAAUGUUUUUUGGAAUGGAUUUAUGUCUUUUCUUUUUUAAGUGAAAGUUAAAUUUGUUCUAAUGCCCGUUCCCUAAAGCCGACAGAGGUUCGUAGAUUUAAAGGGAUCUUGUUUGGAGAAGGCAACAGAGGUUUGGAAAAAACCAAGCAAGUCCCUUAGCACUUGGGUCCGUUUCUCUUGAAGGAAGCGGAGCUUGGGGGGGUCCCACAGACCCUGCAGGUUUCUGUUGGCUCGACUCUUCAAUUACAUAAUCUUAUGCUUUAAUACAUAACUGCAUUGGAUGUGAGAGUAAUGUAUCUGUAUAGUCACUGUUCAAUAUAUUAACAUUUAAACACUGCUGUGAUUGCUCAAGGGCAUUUUAUGUUAUGGCUUUAAAACAAAGGCAUGAUUAUUAGGAAACUAUUUAAGCUUUUUUUUCCUUUGAAAAACAAGCUCCUUCUACAGAAUAUAAGCAACAGUAGUGCCUGUGGUUUAGCCCACCAAUCUUGAUGACUAAAAGUAGCUGAUGCAUUGUGCAUAUGAUGCUUGAGAUGGUUUUUGCAAAAGCAGAAAUCACUGCAAGGUAAUUAAUUACAAUAGAUAAAAGUGGUAUUUUAAACCUUUGAAAUAAAUGGAUGUAACUGUACCUUGGUACAGCUUUCACUUGUUUAGUUUUUAAACGUUAGUAUCAUCUGAAUAAAUUUAAUAGAAAACGUUGCCAAAUUCAAUGUAGAAAGAAUGUGACAACACACCUUGGGUAGUUCUGUUUGUGUUUUUGCAUAUUGUAAAAGCAGUGUCACAGCUAAAAAUAAAGACAUCGUUUCUAAAGGUAAAUUAUUGUGGUUUAGUUGCUAGUUUGUACUGAGAGUUGACCUCUCCCUGUGCAGUUUUUUUGUUCUAAACUUGUAUAAAUAACAAUCGUGUAUGUGUCUCCCUUCUACCUUGUAACAACUGCUUCAGCCUACAUUAUAAAUAAAGAACCACUAGAAAAAGUC